AGAGCGGUGCGGGAGGGUCGGAGCGCGGAGCUGUCCGUCCCGGCGGUGCUGAGCGCUGUGGCGGAUCCCGCGCCGUCCCGGUGAGUUCCCGUCGGCGGGGAGCGGAGCGGGCGGCGCCGGGGGCUCCUCCAGGAGAGGUGAGGGGGGCCCGACCGCGGGGAAGCCGCUGCCCCGGGGGGACACGGUGCCCCGAGCACCCCCGGGCGUGGGGAGGACUCGUUCCCGCGGGUGCCCCGGGUGUCCCCGGCUGCAGCAGGGCGGGGAGCCCGGCCCCGCGGGCCGUGGAUGAGCUGGGGCUGCGGGGACACUCCCGGGGGUGCUGGAGCACAGCGUGGGCAGGGGGUGUCCCGGGGACAAGGGACCGGCAGUGGCAGCCCGGGGUGCGAGCGCUGCUCCCCGCCGGGGCCACCACGGGCACGGUGCGUGUGAGUGAGAGGCACGCUUGGGGUGUGAGUGGGGUUGCACCCCCGCAAAGGAGCUUGCAAGAGUCCCGGGUAGGGAACUGAAGCAAAAAGCAGAUUUUACUGUCUGUAGUCGGUGGGGAUGGGCAACCCUGGCAGAGGAGAACUCCGUGAUUUUGGGUAGGGGUCUGAGGGCUGCCUGUCCUUCAGAUCCUGAGCAGUUCUCGUUUGUGCUCUUUUGCUCUUCCGUGACUUUUUAAGCCCUGCACUGUUUGCUAGGCUGGCAGCAAUGUCUGAGCUUCCCCUGUGCUGGGAACUGCAGAAAUCGAUUCCUGCUCUUUUCUAUUGAAGGAGUCUGGAGGUCAGUGGAGUUUCCAGGCUCAUCAGAUUUCCCCCUCCUCUCCAAGGCAGACAUGGCUUUGUUGGCUGAAGAAAAGCAACUGUCCAAGUCUGAAGGGGAAAUGGGCAAACUCGACAAUCACAUGAAAUAAAAUCUAUGAUCUUUCAUGUAGAGUGGCCAGGACAGUCCAGCCAUGCCAGUGCCCUCCCAGGUGCCAGACAUAGACAUGGGAUGUAAGUCAAGGUUUAGGUUUGAUUCUUCCUGUGAACACAAGAAUAAGGGCUGGGAUGCAGAAUACAAGGGUUUCCUGGUAAUGUACCUGUGGCAGCAGCUACUUGGAAAACUUCAUCUCAUUUUGAAGUCUGAUUAAAUUGAGGGGAAAGCAGCUUUCACAGUCUGUCUCUUCUCAGAACAGUCUGAGCAAUGGAGCUUAAAUCAAAUUCAGCAGCAGCUCUGUAUGCCUAGAGACUACGUGGCUGAGCAGUUUGAUGUUGAAGGGCUGUGCUGUGCUGGCUGGCUACCCUGAGGAGACAGUCUCGGCUGAAUCCCUCCCUGAGGAGCCACAGAUCUAGUCUUCAUUGAGCACAGUCACACGUUUGAAAUGUUCCUGAGUUGGAAGAAAACUCCUGUUGCUGUUUCUGUCAGAAAUUAUUGUGAAUGUGUUUAAUACCUGCACUGAUAUUUCUGCAGCUUGUCACUCCAUCCACUAAAGUUGACAGCAGAGAGGGAGGCCUGUGCAAGCUUCCCCCAUCACAUGCUCACCUGAGGGAGAACCUUGGUGGGAGGGGGACCUUUGGUCAGGUUUUCAGCAGACAAGAAGAACCAGAACAGGUUUGUGAAUUGCCAGGGAAGCAGACUACUCACUGUCUUGCUUCCACAAGGAAGAAGACCAUGUAAGCACCUCCUGGGGCCAGGUGAGAAGAGGUCCCAGCACUCCCCCCUACAAAGGAGCUCAGACAAGUGCACCACCUCCUAAUUUGUUGGGGGGGGGGGGGGAGGAAGAUUUUACAAGCCCUCAGUGAAAGCAGCAGGGGAAAGUCUGAGAUUUUUCACUAAUUUCUGUACUGAUCCCAGCUUCACUUGCCUGUCUGCUGCACAGGCAAGUUUACAGGAUCCAGUUUAUGAUUUACUUUCGGGCACAAAAGUGAUAGCUCUCCAUGUUUCUAUAAAACUAAUUUAUUGUCUGUGUGUCAGUGACAUCAGCACAUCGAUCAGUGCAAGAGGUGCAUUUUUAUCAGUUCUGUCUUACAGGGAGUGAUGUGUGCUUUACAAGUAGCUCAAGCACAAUCAUAAAAAUAAGGCCUAUCCCAAGUAAUGUCAGAAAUAGAAGUUCCUCUCCUUCAGAUUAUUGUCCCUUUUUGCCAGCUUGAUCUCACAGGACACUUGCAGCUCCCCUGACGUAUUGCAGGAUGGAGACCUGCCAGGGAUCUGAAGGAAAUAAAGACCUACAAGCUUGGCCAGUUCUCUUCCUUUUUGCGUGUGUGCCUGCAUGCUGAGGAGCAGGAACAAUUCCUUCCAGACUGUUUGUGGUGGGCCUUGCCCUGUCUCGUCCCCAGUGCAGCUGUGUGACCACAGUCCCUCCUUUCUCCCUGGCUCUGUAUUUAUGAUGGAUGCUUUGCUAAAGCCUCUCAGAGAGAUCGUGUGCAUGUGCUGUGUUCAGCUCAUCUGCUUCUAAGGACUCUUGAGGAAGAUGAAAUAUGGCCUAGGGAAGAACUGUGCAUUAUGAGAAUUUCAGGAGUGAUUUGCCCAGCCCUAAAUGAAGGUUGUUUCCGAUUAGGUUAAUGAAGGACGUUGUCCUCAUGGCCAGAGUCACUUGGUCUGUACAGGGAGGUAUAAAUCACCUGUCCCUGCAUGUGGAAAAUCUCUGCCCUCUGAACAGCAUAGGAGAGGAAAGGAGGUUAUUUCUGCUGGGCUGUGAAGCAUGAACAUCCAGGAUGCUCUGUGGAAGAGGUGAACCCAGGAGCCCCCUUUCACCACUGGGACUAUGUCCUCCUGCCUCCAUCAUACUUGGGGUGUGCAACCUCCAGCCCCUCCACCUCCUCCUCUCCUGCUGGACUCAGUCUCCUCUGCACCACCCUUGCUCCCAGGGUGAGUGGCUCUUCGGGGGCCUCCCCGGUGUCUGGGACAUCUCUGCAAACCUCUGACCCCUCAGUUGGGUCUCACCCAACUUGCACCAUUGCAGGGCUCUCAUCACCAGGACCUGCAGAUCCCUUCCUUGCAGUCUUGCAACAGAGAUGGGGAGAGCAACAAGUGGCUCAGUCCCCCAGACAGAGCUAUAGCUGCCCAAAUGUGUGUGUGUUUAUCCCAAAGGCACAGGCUGGUAUCUCAGUGCACACAUCCAAAAUGUGCCUGUGGGAGCUCUGCACCAUUUUUAUCUGUUUGUUGUUGAGGGGAAAGAGUCACUUUCUCAAAGAAUUUUGAAGAGAAACUUAGAAGCUGAUGAGUAAGUAGCAAAACCUCCUCCCUCCUUCCCUUUCCACAGGGUUGGUGCCACAGGCAGGGUUAGCUGGGGCUGGGGUUCCACACAGCUGACCAAGAGCUGUCCUCCCAGAAACCAAGGGAGCUGGGCACGUCUUCAUUUGCCAGAAUUCACUCUCACUUGUAUGUGUAUCUUGCUUUGCAGAUGGGAAAUGUGUCCAACAUCUCGGUGUUCACCUCCACCUUAUCGGAGAGAGAAGACCUGAUUUUUGGCACACUCUAUUUAGUCUUUGGCAUCAUGUCCUUCUCUGGGAACUCACUGCUGCUGCUGGUGGCCUAUCAGAAGAGGUCCUUGCUGAAACCUGCCGAGUUCUUCAUCGUCAACCUGGCCAUCAGUGACCUGAGCAUGACGGUGACGCUCUUCCCCUUGGCCACCUCCUCCUUCUUUGCACACAGGUGGCUGUUUGACCGGGCGGUUUGCACCCUCUAUGCCUUCUGCGGGGUCCUGUUCGGGCUGUGCAGCCUCGCCAGCCUGACGGUGCUCAGCACGGUUUGCUGCCUCAAGGUCUGUUACCCAGCAUAUGGGAACAGGUUCUCCCCGAGCCACGCCGCGGUGCUGCUGCUGUGCGUGUGGGUCUACGCCCUGACCUUUGCCGCGGCCCCCUUGGCCGAGUGGGGCAGCUACGGCCCCGAGCCCUACGGGACAGCCUGCUGCAUCACCUGGGAAACCUCGAGCAGGGAGGCCACGCUCUACAUCCUCGCCCUCUUCAUCUUCUGCUACCUCCUCCCCUGCCUCCUCAUCCUCGCCUCCUACUCGCUGAUCCUGUGGACGGUGUGGGUGUCCCGGAGAGCCGUCCAGCAGCACACGUCCCCCCAGCGCAGAGCCCGCAGCCUGCACAGCCUGCUCCUCAAGCUGAGCGUUGCCGUGUGCCUGGGGUUUCUGGCUGCCUGGACCCCCUAUGCCGUGGUUGCCCUGUGGGCACUGCUCGGGGACACCAGCCAGGUGCCAGCGCUGGCCUUCGUGCUGUCGGCCGUCUUUGCCAAGUCCUCGACACUCUACAACCCGCUGGUGUACCUGCUCUUCAAGCCCAACUUCCACAAGUUCCUCUCCAAGGACAGGGUGCUCCUCCAGGCCCUCCGCACGCUGCUCUGCUGCGGCUGCCCGAGCGCGGCACUCCAGCCCUUCCCGUCCCCGGGUGUCAGUGACCACGCCGGGGCUUGCAGAAACUGCAACGACGCUUUUGAGUGUUUCAGCAACUACCCCAAGUGCUACAACCCCCCCCAGGCGCCCAGCAGCUCCCCCCUGCACGGUCCCCUGGCCAUCCUGGCUGAUGGAGCCGCUUGCCAGCCGGGGCUGAAGAGGACAGUGCAGGUGAUGGUGCUGGUCACACGGAAGAGGUCGGGCCUGGGUGCUGUGAAUGUGGCAGGGGAAGCCCUGCCAUCGGCCCUGGUGAAAGACCUGCUCUGAGCCUGGCUGUGCCCAGCUCUGUCCUGCCAGCACGCUGCAGGACAAACCCAAACACAACAUUCCUCUCACCCACGUACCCAGCGGGUCCCCAGAUGUUCUGUAGGUGAAGUGAUGUGAAAAUGUAAGACCAGCCUUGCCUCCCACUCUGGUUUGGCUCUUGCAACUCUGAGCCUGGUCUUUGCACUUGAGAAAACAAGGACGAAACCAGACCCUGAGUGCCUGAGAUCUGCUCAGGGUGCAGCCCAGGGUAGUCUCUCCUGUCGUUUGCUCUCUGGGCCCUUGGUCUUUAUUUUUCAUCCUGGUGCUCUGAUGACCAAGUAGGAACUUGGUUGUCUUAAAAACUGUGCCUGGCAGGGCAGGCUAGGGGCCAAGAGGCCCUGAGGGGCAUCUACCUUCAGUGUUGGCUCCUACAACCCCCACAACCAUGUCCUCUCCUGCUGGGGAGCAGGACCAUGUCACACAGCUACCUCACUUGGGAUUAUGAAGCACCUCCCUAUAGCUCUCAGGGACUGCUCUCUGUGCCCACUGUGCUACCCCACUCCCUCCAUUUGAAUGAAACCCACCACUGUCAUGUGUUUAGAGCAAGGAUCUGGAGUUACAGUAAUCCUGGAGUGACUAAUGGCAGUCCCAGGUUGUGGUCUCCAGGCAGGGAUUGACAAAUCUGUGGCUGAGCAGCAUCCUGGAGAUGGGGCUGUGGCCACAGAGUAUCCCUGGCACAGGAACAACAGGGCAGCAGCUGCCAGAGCAACAGCAUCCUGCAGGAUUGAGUCGGCCCUUGGAGGUCAGUGUGGGCAGCACACCCACGGGGAGGGGUUGGGACAAAAGGGACCAAGAAGCUGUGUCAAGGGCCUGAUGCAAAGCCACCCCCACAAGAGCCCCCCCAGCAGCUCCCCUGCCCCGUCCCAGGCACUGUCACAUGAGGGGAUCCCGUGGUGUCCGUGCUGACCAGUCACCGUGUCCCAGAAGUUGUCCAUUUCUAAAGUAAAUUCACUCAUGCAAAACUGG